CCAUUGGUCAAUGUUUUCGUUAGCAUUGCUGCCGAUGAGAGAUGAUUAAUAUGAUGAAUAUUAUCACGUAAACGGAUUAUUUCUUGCAAUAAGAUACCAUAAUUUGAAAAGGUAAUAAACAACAAAGGCCACAAAAAAUGGCAAAAAAUCGCAAUAAUGAUGAUGAACAAUCGCGAACAAUAAAACGUAUAUCUAAACCAAAGCAACAACAACAACAACAACCAGUACAAACACAAUCAAAAUCACAAAAUCGUCAAACAAAUCGAUUGAAAAAAAAUCGCGAACAAGAAUUAUCAUCAGAAGAAUCAUCAAUUAAAUAUACACAUCAUCAUAGUCAUGAUAAAAUAUCAAUACCAACAAAUAUUAUAAGUAAAAUUCAUAAAAUUGAAUCAAUGCCCGGUGCUAUUGUUAUAAGAAAUGAAGCUACUAUUAAUACGGCCGGUUAUUUUAUUGAUCGAACAAAUAGUUUGAAUCAAACAGAAUAUUCACAAAUUUUACGAGCGAAAAAAAAAGAUAAACUUCAAUCAUCAUCGGAUUCAGAUCAACCACCAAUUGCAGUAAAAAUUACCAAUCUAACUGAAUGUUCACCAAGAUUUCGUGGAAAUUUACUUCGAUAUUCGGUUCGUAUUAUGCGUUAUGUUUCAACAAUGAGACGUAAUUCAAUGACAGUAAUUUUUCCAAAAAUUUAUGAAGUAUUUCAGAUGGACUCAGUGAAGCUAUAUAUUUUUAUGGAUGAAUAUCAAGUUAGUCCAACAUUGUAUGAUUUAGUUAAAUCACCAACACCAAUAAAACCGGAUGAAAUACGUGAAUAUAUGCGUGCAAUUGUAUCCGGUAUUAGUGUUUUACAAAAAUUAGGUGUUGCACAUCGUUAUCUAAAAUUACAACAUAUUCUAUUCGAUAUGAAUAAUAAGAUUAAACUUUGUGGAUGGAGUAAAGCAGUUUUUUAUUAUCAAAUUGAAACGAAAAAAGUACAUUUACAAAGUGUUGAACGUCGUGUACGAAGAAAUUAUUUUCUACCACCUGAAGCAUUUCAAAAAUCAUAUGAUCCAUCUAAAGCAGAUAUUUGGUCAAUAGGUGUUUUGUUAGUAUCAAUGACAACAAAACGUUAUCCAUUCAAUGUACGUGAUGAUAAAACAAAAUUCUCAAAUCAAUGGCGUGAUUUUGUACGAAAACAUGAAAUGAAUGCACAUGUUCGUAGUUUAUGUAACAAAAUAUUUGUUCUUGAACCAAAAGGUCGUAUUGAUUGUGAUCGAAUACUUACGGAUCGUUAUUUUGAUGUACCGACAGCAAAAUUAGUACCAUUAAGCAUAAAAGCAAGUACAGAAUUAAUUGAACGUGAAUCAUCAAGAGUUGGUGCAUUGUCGGCUAUUGAUUUUGAACCAAACGAAGGACAAAUUACGGGCAAAACAACUGGUGGUGGUGAAUCAAAUGAAAAUCAAGCUCAAGCUAAAGCAGCUAGCAAUUUUAAUGAAAAUGAAGAAAAUCCUGCUGAAGUUGUUGAAAAUGAUGCUGAAUUAGAAGCUAGUGAUACUAAACAACAAAUUCAAGAUGGUGGAAAAGUUGGUGAAGAAGAAAAUCUACCAUCAGAUGAAAAGAAUAACGAAACGAAGAAUAAAAAUGCUGAAACCGAAGAAGAAGGAGAAGGAGAAGAAACGAAAGAAGAUUAAAUUGAAAAUUCCAAAUGAAAAGUGUUAAGAGAGAGAAACCACAAAAACAUUUGG